AUGGCAUAUAUCAACCAGGGUUACCAAGGAGGUUUCUUCCCCAGCUCAUGUUUUCUCCUGAGCUUUCAACCUAUCAAAAGAGCAGCCACCGGAAACAAGCUUCCUCCCUGGGACCAUGCCCUCGGUUCCCUUGUCCGGUUCGCCGGAGACUACCAUGAGAAAAUCACUCGCAAUCCUUUGGACCAGACUCGGAGAUCCAUGUCGGAUGGCCAUGGCUUGAAACUAUCCCCGAUGCCUCUUAGGAGUGAGAAUCUUUGCGCUAAGCCUCGUCCACUCUCAAAACUUGAGAGCUUUGACGAGCUGGUUAAUUCCAUGUGCUUCCAGUACUAUCCAAUCGCUAUUACCGGCAAUCAAGUUGAAGCGCACGAAGGCGAUACUCGGUGA